AUGGAUUUCCAGCUUUCAAUGACUGCGAAGCAAGAAGAUUCAGAUCAGACGACCACCACGCAGCAAAUGCACAUGGACGAGUCAAGACUCAGAUACGAAUUCAAGUUGACGCUGGUCAAUAGCGUGGAAAUUCGGUACGACGCUGACAUGCUACGGAAAUCUCCUCUGUUUCUAGUGAAGAUCGUCAUCUUGGCUUAA